UUAUAGGGGGAAGUUUCGGCUAGGACAGAACAUUCCAGCUGUCCUCGAGCACAAGUGGAGAUUCAGUCUGCAAACAUACACUUUCGUGCUCGGCCAGUCCUUUCGUGAUUUUGGAAAUUCCUGAUACGAGUGUCUCAAGGACUCUUUAAGACACGAGGAGAGUCUCAUCGAGCAUAAGAAAGAGUGUAAGAAAGGUCUGAGUGAGUUUCAAAAGGAGAAAGAGUGGAGACAUGGCUGCCUUUGGUCUGGAGAUAGUGGGAGUCACUCUCUCAGUCCUUGGCUGGAUUCUCGACAUAGUGUGCUGCGCCUUGCCCAUGUGGAGGGUCACCGCAUUCAUUGGCACCAAUAUUGUCACAGCGCAGGUGUACUGGGAGGGAAUCUGGAUGAGCUGUGUGGUCCAGAGUACAGGACAGAUGCAGUGUAAAGUCUAUGACUCAAUGCUGGCUCUUCCGAUGAACCUACAGGCGGCUCGUGCCCUGGUGGUGGUGUCCAUCAUCAUCGGUGUCCUGGCACUAUUUGUGGCUAUAGUGGGGGCCAAGUGCACCAACUGCAUUGAAGAUGAAGCAACCAAAGGUCGUGUAAUGAUCACCUCUGGAGCUGCUUUCAUAACUGCUGGAGUCAUGCUACUUAUUCCUGUGUCCUGGUCAGCACACACUGUUAUUUUGGAGUUCUAUAGCCCAGUUGUACCAGAAGCUCAGAAGAUGGAAAUAGGAACCAUGUCAAUGGGAAUGGAGAUCGGGGGCAUUGCCCUGGGCAUCAUAGGUUGGAUCAUUGGCAUCAUCACUUGUGCUCUCCCUAUGUGGCGUGUCUCUGCCUUCGUUGGCGCGAACAUCGUCACUGCCCAAAUCAUCUGGGAGGGUUUAUGGAUGAACUGUGUUGUCCAGAGCACUGGACAGAUGCAAUGUAAGGUCUACGAUUCCAUGCUGGCUUUAUCUCAGGACCUGCAGGCUUCCAGAGCCAUGUGCGUCAUCUCCAUCAUCUUGGCAAUCCUUGGUGUGUUGGUCUCUGUCAUGGGCGCCAAGUGCACCAAUUGUAUCGAAGAUGAAGCAUCCAAGGCUAAAGUGAUGAUUGUUUCUGGCAUCCUCUUCAUUCUUGCCGGCCUCCUACAGCUCGUUCCAGUGGCCUGGGUGGCAAACCAAACCAUUCGGGAAUUUUACAACCCACUUCUGUCCAACGGUCAGCAAAGAGAGCUUGGGGCAUCACUCUACAUAGGAUUUGCAGCUGCUGCUCUACUAAUAAUUGGAGGAGCGAUGUUGUGCUGCACCUGUCCCCCAAAGGAGAAGAAGUACAAGCCACCAAGAAUGGGCUACUCGGCUCCACGUUCUGCCAGUGGUGGAUAUGACAGGAAGGACUAUGUUUAAAUAUAGCUUUGUUGCAGUAAGAAGAAGGAUUUGAAGAUCUCAUAAACAUUGGGUGGAGAUACUUCUCCGCCUAAUGAGAGGACUCCGAAAUGAAGGGUCAUGUGAUGCUGUCAAUAUUUGCUUUUCCUCUUUUUAAGGCUGGUGUGUGUUAAGGGUUUCAUAGGCUUACUUAUAAUGGAUUUUGUGAGACAGUUUGAUAUGUUUGCCAUAUGUUAAAGCAUUUCUUGUUUUAUAUAAUUUAAGAUGUUUAAAUUUGCCUGCUGCAAAGUUCAGCUGUUGUCCUAUACACUUCUAUGUAUUAUGUGAUACAUAAAGGUCAUCUUAAAUGGUGUUCUGGUGUCAGACCGGAAAAUUAAUUCACUGUUCUGUGUAAGUUGAUAUAAAUACUUUUACGUUUUUUGGCAAAGCUGUCCCUGCUUCAGUCUAACGCCUUGCCAAAUAUUAACAUAUACAGGAACAGGAAGACUUUAGCUCUUUACAUGUAUUUGCUUAUGAAAAUUUCAUUUGACAGAAACUGAAUGCAUGUUUGUUUUCCUAUUGGUCUCAAUUGUGUUGAUACGUCAGGUUGAACUUGUUUCUGUAUAGUUCCCUUAAACCUUUUUGUACAAUGUUUUCAUGAUUUUAUGAAGUGUAUAUGUUUUUUUUCAUAACCAUUGGAAUACAACUAUACAUAUC